AUGAGCACAGGCUCCACACCCUCCUACAAGGUUGCUUGGACGCCUGAGUCAGAGAGCAAAGGUGGCCACGACGAUGAUGCAGAGGUCGUCAGCAAGAGCCAGCCCAACGCGGAGCCGGAGGAGCAGGAGCUGUGGCCUCUGCUCGCCGCCGUCAAAUGCCGCAAGCCCGAAGUGGUGAGAAUGCUCGUCGAGGCUCACCACGUGCGCUCGCGAUGCGACGCUCGAGGCCGCAGCGAACUGCACGCCCUGGCCGAGUCUCAGCGAGGCCCCUUUCCUCCUCUUCCGGAGAGCGGCAUCGCAGCAGCCAACACUCGGCGGAGCAAGUGGGCAGCCAAGUGGGACCAAUCUGUGCGCGAGCUGCUGAAGCGGCCGCCGGCACCAACGGCCGAGGUGGGCAUGUGGCAGGUGCUGAUGAGCGCCGGCGCCCUUCCCUUCCAAGGCAACGAGUUCGGAGCGACGCCGUUUCACAUCGCUUGCUCGCGCGGCAACUGGCCUGCGGUCCGCUAUCUCCUCGGGCUCAAGCCCCACGAGCUGCUGGGGCCAGCAGUCGGCCUGGCCAACGACUCGACUCUCAACAACGGCGGCAGCGGACCUACAGGGAACAGGGGAGGAGACGCUGUCGCAGCGGCGAUGAAUCAGCGGGACGAGAACGGCGAGACGGGCCUGCACUGGGCCGCGCGGUCGGGCAGGCGCGACGUCGUGGCGCUUCUCUUGGCGCACCCCGCCAUCGUCACCACGAUCGAAGGCAACAACGGCACUCCUGCCCAGGUUGCGCAAGACAGCGGACACCACGACAUUGCGCGAAUGAUCGAUGCGACGGCGUUCACCGUGAGCCCACUGAUGGCGAUGCCCUGGGAGGUGCUCAUACACGUGCUGUCGUUCCUCGACCCUUUCGAUCUCUGUGUGGUCGCUCAAGUGUGCUCGGGCAUGAACGAGAUCGCCAGCGACGAUGCUCUCUGGCGCCGCUUCUGUGGCGAUACUACUUGUUGUGGCAACGAAGACACAAACAGCGGUGAUGAAGAUGUGGGCGGCGGUCGUGUGUGGAAGCCUCGGUACAUGCGGUGGCUGAGGCCGAACCUACGGCAGUAUGCUAUACACCGAGGUUUUCACGAGCCAAGCCCGUUGCCGUAUCGCUCAAACGUUGUCAUCGUAGGCGACUCGGGCGUGGGGAAGUCACAGCUGUUCUGGCGUUACACCAGGAGCGAUGCGAUUUCAUCCUACAUCCCGACCAUCGGCGUUGACUUUGCCAACAAGAAAAUCUCCGUGCCCGGCCACGCUGAUGCGCACAACAUGCAGCUGUGGGAUACGGCGGGCCAGAUGCGCUUCAUUGUGAUCACCAGCGCCUACUUUCGAGGAGCGCACGUCUUCGUGCUGGUCUACAACGUGGAGAGCGCCGAAUCGCUGGCCAGCAUCAAGGACGCGUGGAUGCCCAAGAUCAGGGAGACCGCUGACGGGAGGACUCGCCCGAUGAUUCUUGUGGGCGUUGUACACUCGGUCGAGAGGCGGAAGGCGAGGCAGGUUUCGGAGGCCGAGGCCUGGGCCGUGGCGCGGGAGAUCGGCGCUUUUUCGCAUGUCGAGAUCACUCUGACCAGCGGCGCGGGCGCCUCUCGCGAGGUAGACCGACUGUUCGAGCAGCUGAUCUGUGCCACGGUGGGCCAGUACGACCCGUUCGCGCUGAUGCGCGACGCCGCCGCGCAGACGUGGCACGUACCCAGCGCCCAGCUGUACGAACGCAUCUUCGCCCAAAUGACGACGCGAGGCAAACAAGCGACACCUGCCGUCACAACCUCUUGUCUUCUUCAGUAG